AUGUCCGCUGUAAAAUGACUCCGGGUGCGUCAAAACAGGACGCGUGUGCCGGACUUCUUCAACAUCAUCUUCUUGCUUCACAUCAACUUGUAGACAAGUCUGUCACAUUUAAAAGUCAUGGCUUCGUCGAAUUAUUCCUUGAAGGUCAACAGAGAGCUGUUGGACCCUAACUUUGAAAGUUACAGGUUAUCUCUGGACGCCAUACCAACGUACAACGUUGAGCUGGAUGCUGCUGUGGAGGAAGUGAAAUUGAAGGAUACUCAGUACACCCUGGAACAUGUGCGGGCUUUUGGCAUGUACAAUUACCUCCACCUAGACCCUUGGUAUGAAGAUAGCGUUUUGUUUGUGGACUGCAAAGGAAGGGUUCUCAGUCUCACCGUUACCCUGGACACCGCUCUGUGUAAGCCAAGAGAGGUGUACCGUAUAACCCCUGACUCCAGCCGGUGUGAGGAUCGCCUUUGUGCAUCCCUCAGCUUCACCUCAGCGACCUGGGCGGCACUUUCUGAUGGUGCUGGUCGACUGCACCUUCUCCGAACCGGCAAGAGGGGAGACAGCUCGCAUGUGAAGUGGGAACCACUGUUUAGUGAAGACAUGGAGGAGCCUUUCACCAUCCUCCACAGCAUCUCACAUGUCCAGGAUGGAGUCCACACCAUAGAGGUCCUGCUGCUCCGCAUCCAGAAAGACCCACAGGAAACUAAAGGGAGUGGUUACUCGGUGUCUCUUGAGUGGAUCACAGUCGCCAACACUGCAGGACAUGGUCAGGAGAAGAAGUAUGAGGUGAAGAAGAGGAGGGUCCUCAGGGGGAAGUCGGUGCCUCACUACGCAGCGGUGGAGCCACAAGGGAAGGGGUUAAUGGUGGCCUCGGAGAAACCGUUUGCCUUCACACAUGUGGACGGGCGUCCUGUGGAGCUGCCUGACCCAGAGCCCAUGGAGGUGGAGAAGACAGAUCCCAUUUACUUCUGGCAGCAGACAGCGGAGGACAUCAUGGUGUGUGUGCGCAUGCCUGAGGGUGUCACCAAAGAGGAGGUGCAGUUCAGGCUGACGGCAGACAACAUCAGGCUUGGAGUUCAGGGUUUCCCUCCUUUACUGGAGGGCCAGCUGUUUGCAUCUGUAGACCCAGAGGCCAGCGCCUGGAUCAUCAAAAAUGACAAAAGCCUGGAGGUGACCCUGCAGAAGCGCACUGAGGGACCGAUGUGGUCGGAGCUGGUGAUGGGUGACAAGAGAGGGGAGAACGUGAUGAGCGACGAGCAAGCUGCCCUCAUCCACGAGAGACUGACAUUCCUCACCUCUGAAGACUUGAACGGAAACCCUGACGGGGACAAGCCCCCUUGUAACUCUCAGGAGCUGGAGGACUGUGAUGGGUUCCCAGAAGACAGCUCCAGCCUCACACACUUUGAUGGAGAAUCACUCAAGCCCACUCAGGUGGUGAAUCUAGGCAGCCAUCAGUACCUGUUCACAGUUGAUCGGAACCCCUCUGAAAUGCCAUGCUUCUGCCUCAGACAUGAUGUGGACGCUCUAGUGUGGCAGCCUCGUCCCGACCAACCCAGUAACAUGUGGGAGCACAUUGCCACGUUCAACGCCUUAGGCUACGUCCAGGCAUCCAAGCGGGAUAAGAAGUUUGCGACCUGCGCUCCAGACUUCUCCUACGCUUCACUGUGCGAGUGUCUCCGCCGAACAUUCAUCUACCGACAGCCGUCGCCAGUGGAAACCGUCCUCUUCAACAGGAAGCAGGGCCGUCAGGUAGGACAGGUUGCCAAGCAACAGGUGGCCAGCCUGGACUCUGAUAAACCAAUCCUGGGCUUCAGAGCAACCAAUGAGAGACUGUACAUCCUGACCUCCAGUAACCUCUUUGUUCUAAAGGUCAAUAAUAAUUAGAUUUGGGACUCUGUUCAUUUUUAGGUUUUCAUCUCAUUUCCCCCCCCCUCACAGCAAUCAUUCCAAACUGAAGAUCUGUUAUCUGCUACAACUAAACAAAACUUCCUCGUGUACAUUUGUGCUGUCUGUACUGAAUGUUUGUGUCAGUGUUUCACUUCCCACAAGGCUUCUGUGUUGCAAAAUGUCUAUAAGAUCAAAAAGUAAGGAACCAUGUUCUGAAAGACAAAUUAUUAUAAUAACUAAAUUAAAAAAAUUGUUGUUGUUGAUGUCUCAUUAAUAUACAUUUUAUAUAUGUGGCGCCCUAUUAAUGCUCACUGCAUUGUUAGACAUUUGUAAUGCCAUGAAUUCCAAUUCAUAAAUACAAUUGUGAACA